CGAAAACCGUAUGUCGAUAUAUCAAAGUGUCGAAUGAAAAUGAUGUCAACGUGAGCGAACGAGAGAGUUAUAACGUAUCGCGUAACUUAUGAUCGAGUCGAAGAAUGGAUUCUACCUGAUUAAGGUUCGAUCGAUCGUUCGUGACCUUGGUAUCAAAAAGAAGAAAGGACAAGGAAACUACAACGAUAUUAUUGAGAAGAAAUUUCUAAGGAAUCCUAUCCUUCUUCUCCUUCCAAAAUAUACAAAAUUGAUGAGAGAACAAAAUGGCUAAAUACACAGUCAAAGAAGAGUACGAUCUUGAAAAUUACAAACAAGUUAGACUGACCGGUUUUAACAACAACGAUCCUGAUCUAAGUAAUAACCUUGAAACUAGACUGGCCAUCGUUCAUCUUUCUAGCAAAGACGAUAAAGAGAGCAAGGAUGACGUAAACCGUACCAAUAAUUUUCUACUUUCGUCGAUGAGGAAUUGGUUGUGUCGAAGAAUAAAAAAGACGUGUAAAAAAAAGUUGCUUUACAAAAGGAUACCUAUUCUAGCAUGGUUACCAAAAUAUCGUAAAGAAUUUAUAGCGAGUGACUUGGUAGCUGGAGUCACUGUUGGUUUAACGGUCAUACCACAAGCCAUAGCUUACGCCAAUGUUGCUGGUCUACCUCUACAAUAUGGUCUCUAUUCAUCUUUUAUGGCAUGCUUCGUAUAUACUAUCUUAGGUUCCUGCAAGGACGUUCCAGUAGGACCAACAGCGAUAGCUGCAAUUUUAACAAGAGAAACCCUUCAAAAAUCUCACUUAGGACCAGACUUUUCUGUUUUAUUGACCUUCGUUUCUGGCUGUAUAUCCUUGCUAAUGGGCAUAUUGCAAUUAGGUUUCUUACUCGAUUUUAUUUCGGGACCAGUCUCAGUUGGUUUCACCUCAGCCGCAUCGAUCAUCAUCGCUACCAGUCAAAUGAAAGAUAUCUUAGGAAUUAAUAUAUCUGGUGGAAAGUUCUUAGAAGUCUGGCAAAUGAUCUUUGAAAAGAUCAGCGAUAUCAAACCGUGGGACACUACAUUAGGAGUUGUAUGCAUAAUCGUUUUGUUACUUCUCAGGAAAGCUAAAGAUUUGCCGAUAAUGACACGAAAUGUUAAGAUGCCAACAAAAAUUCAACUAACGCUGAGAAAACUUAUUUGGUUGAUCUCGACUGCCAGAAAUAUCUUAAUCGUUGUCGUUUGUGCUGUUAUAUGUUGGCUAUUGGAAAUUUAUCUUGGCUCAUCACCAGUCAUUUUAACGGGAGAAGUAAAAGCAGGUUUACCGGAUUUUCAUUUGCCACCUUUCCAAUCGAGUAUCGGUAAUGAAACCUAUCACUUCAGUGACAUGGUGACUGAAUUAGGUUCCGGAUGUCUAGUCGUACCUUUAUUAAGUCUUCUGGAAACUAUCUCCAUCGCCAAAGUAUUCAAUGAUGGCAAUCCUAUAGACGCCACUCAAGAAAUGUUAGCAUUGGGUGUAUGCAACGUAAUUUCCUCUUUCGUAUCAUCGAUGCCAGUCAGUGGUGGGCUCAGUCGAGGUGCUGUUAACCAUUCCUCUGGUGUUAGAACAACUUUAGGUGGAAUAUACACAGGUCUUCUCGUCCUAGUAUCAUUACAAUUUCUUACUCCAUAUCUUCGAUAUAUUCCUAAAGCAGCACUCGCAGCAGUUAUCAUAGCAGCUGUGGUCUUUAUGGUUGAGUUCCAUGUAAUCAAGCCAAUAUGGAGAACUAAAAAGAUCGAUCUGGUGCCUGCGAUUGUAACAUUUUUAUGCUGUCUCUUUGUGAGAUUAGAAUUAGGUAUAGUGAUUGGCAUAGGUGUUAAUCUUUUAUUCUUGCUUUAUGCAUCGGCCAGACCAUCUUUGCGAGUCCAAAAAGCUACGAGCAUAAGCGGCUGCGAAUAUCUUGUCAUAACUCCAGAUAGAAGUCUUGUCUUUCCAAGUGUCGAGUACGUUCGAGCUGUAAUUAGUAAACAGGGAACAAAACAGGGUGUAACAGUACCCGUUGUUAUUGAUUCUACUCACAUUCAAGCUGUUGAUUUUACUGCUGCUAAGGGGGUGAAGAACUUGAUAGAAGAUUUCUCAAAACGUGGUCAACCAUUGAUAUUUCACAAUUUAAAGCCUAGCAUCAUUGAAAUAUUUAGAGGAGUAAAACCUUCGAGUUUGAAGUGUAGCUCUAGCGAACUCGAAUUAAAUGAUUGUCUUAAAGAAUAUUCGGAUAUUUUGAUGACAACUAUAAGCAGGUAUUGAAUAAAUGUGAACAUUGUUGAUGAUUCCUUAAACGCACAGACCGUCCUUCUUUUCGCUUUUGGCAGGUAACAGUAUUAUGUCAGCACUUUAGAAUUAAAAUGCCAACUGCGUUUAUAUUAUAUCUGAUAUUUAUAUUAACCUGAUUCACAUUAUACUGUUGCUUACGUAUGAAAAAAUGAUCCGCCGAAGU